AUGACAACACGUAAUCUUUUCGAAAGACCAGAAUUAUUUGACAAACAAACGCGUUUAAUUUUAACUGCUGAUGCUAAACCAAAACGAUUAGCUCGUAAUUCAAGUGCAUUAGUACGAAGUUUUUCACGUGAACGUUCAGAUUCAAAUGCAAGUACAUAUAUUACUCAAGAUAUAGAAGAUGAUAUAGAUGAUGAAAAUUCGGAAGAAAAUCUCAAUGAACUUAUAGCAGAAAAGAAAACUUCAAAUAUAUUAGAUGAAACAAAUUAUGAUACAGAUAUUGACCAAGAACAAGAAUUACCGCGUGAUCAUACAUGUAAAGGUGUUUAUGUAGAGCAAUGCCGUCGUUAUGGUGUUAUACCAUCAACUAGUUUUUUACGAAGUAUUCAAAAUGAUAAUUUAACAAUACGUUAUUGUGGUUUAAAACCAGUCAAUAUUAAAGUUAUGGUAGCACCAUUAAAAAUAAAUUCAACUAUAACAAAACUUGAUCUACGAGAUAAUUGUUUAGGUUCAAAAGGUGCGAUUUAUAUAACACAUUUAAUUAAAGAAAAUGGAUAUAUUGAUGAAUUAAAUCUUGGAAAUAAUGAUAUUGGUAUACAUGGUUGUAAAGCUAUAUGUAAAGUACUUUGUUCAAAUCGUUCAAUUCGUAUACUUUAUUUGGAUGGUAAUCGUUUUAAUGAUGACUGUGCAAAAUUAUUUGCUGAUGUUUUCUCUCAAAAUGAAUGUUUAACAUAUAUAAAUUUAAAUAAAAAUUUCUUUGAAGAUGAUUCAACUGGUAAACUCUUUGGUCAAUCAUUAGUUGAAAAUCAAAUGUUACAAGAACUUCAUCUUGCUUGGAAUCGUCUUAGUUCAAAAGCAUGUGGUAAUCUUUUAAAACAACUUGGUACAAAUGCACGUUUAACAACACUUGAUCUAUCAUGGAAUGGUGGUGCUCUAUUUGCUGCUAAAGCACUCAAUGAUUUAUUGAAAAAAAAUGCUAUUAUUGAAAAAAUUUAUUUCGAACAUAAUAAAUUUAAUACUGAAUGUGCGACAUAUAUUGGUAAAGGUUUAGCAAAGAAUGAAACAUUAAAAAUUUUAUCAUUAAGUGGAAAUCCAUUAGAAUCUAGUGGUUGCUAUGCUGUAUUACGUCCAUUAAUUAAACAUCCAACAUGUGGACUUCAUAUUAUUGAUUUUAUUGGAAUUAUUGUAAAUCAAGAUUUUCUUGAUUUAGUUAAUGAACUUGCCGGUAUUCUACCGAAAUUGAAAAUUAAAAUGGGUAGAGAACGUGAACAAGAUAUUGAAUAA